GAUUUCUUUGUGCGAUUUCGCUUGACGAAAGAGACUGUGAGACUAUUUUUGCCUAGAAUCGAGCAUCAAUUAACAAUUAAUUAUAAUCGAACAAGAUCGUUAACUCCAAUGAAUCAAUUAUUGUUGACAUUAAGAUUUUAUGCCACUAGAAGUUUUCUGCGUUCAAGUGAUGAUUUCUCUGGUGUUAGUAUUAGCACAGCAUCCCGUGUCGUUAAAAGAGUUUCACAGACAAUUGCUGCAUUACGACGGACAAUGAUAAACAUGCCAGGAAAUGCAAGAGAAAUUGAAGAAAUAGAGCAAGGAUUUUAUAGAAUGUACCGAUUUCCUCGUGUGAUUGGUUGCAUAGAUUGUACACACAUUCGUAUACAGUCUCCAGGAGGAGAAAAUGCAGAAGUAUUUCGCAACAGAAAAAGUUAUUUUUCUAUAAAUACGCAAGUUGUACGCGACUAUAAUUUAAAGGCAAUAGACAUUGUUGCAAGAUGGCCAGGAUCGGUACAUGAUGCCACAAUUUUUGAGCAUAGUACAUUGCGAAGAAGAUUUGAGCAAAACGAAUUUAAUUCUGAAUUGUUACUGGGUGAUGGUGGAUAUCCCGUGAGGAAUUAUCUUCUUACGCCACUGAUAAAGCCAAAUACUCCAGCAGAAGAGUGUUAUAAUAAAACUCAAAUACAAACGAGAAAUAUUAUAGAGCGCUUUUUUGGAGUUAUCAAGCGACGUUUCCCAGUUUUAAGUCUCGGAAUGAGAUUGAAAUUAGAAACAGUGCAAGAUGUUAUCGUAUCAACAGCUGUUUUGCAUAAUUUGGCAAGAAAUCAAAAUGAGAAAGAUCCACCUGUAUUAAUAGACGUUGUUGAAGAUGACGUAGUAAUUAAUGAUGUCAUUCAUGAACGUGCAAGACCGAGAGAUAAUAUGGUUAGAGACUCACUUAUAGCUGAUUACUUUUCAAGGUAAAAUGUUAUGA